GUAGAUUGAAAGGUCUUUUUUUCUACUUUUUUUUUUUUGACGUGAGUGAAUGAAUGAGUAUUACGUUUUCUUUAAAAAAAGAAUAUCUUAAUUUGUAAGACCAUGUCAAGUUCGCAACAAACCCAUGCAGUAUUACCUCAUCUGCCGAAAGGUAUGGCUAUGCCGAAUGUUCAAGUGACCCAUCAUUCACGCAGUUUGAUGAUGCCCGGUCAAAAAGCUCUUCCUGCCGCAGAUUGGCGUAACGAUAACAACGACGAAAAUCAACAAGGACAGUUAGUCCCUUUGAAUCAAAGCAACAGAGUCGAUGAUAGCAGCAACAGAAUGGUGGCUACCAAGCAAGGUCUUCCUUGGACUGAUCGUCAGGAUAACCUCAAUUUGGAGCCUGGUCAAGACCCUCCUCCUACGUUCAGUGCUCAACCAAGGAGACUCAGUACCCUUCGUCAUCCUGGAAAUGCCAAGACUAAACAGAUCUACCGUAUGGACAACUGUUUGCAUCCUGUAGAUAUUUUGUGUACUCGUCUUGAAUCCUGGAGAAUAGCCAUCAAAAAUAUGGUUCAAUUGUUCAAAAAAAUCGCUGCUGUCGAAGCACAAACGGCCAAAGGCUAUAUCAAUGCAUCUAAAGUCGUUGCUGUUCCGUUCGAAAACUCCAAUGGACAGUUCUUGGAGCCUGGCCGUGGCGGCGUGCAAGAUGUUUGGGCCUCCCUUCGUGAUUACACCAUGCAACAUGGAAUUCUACGUCAUGAAUCGGCCGGUUAUAUUGAAAAGUCGGUUAUUCCUUCCCUUCGUGCUAUUAAAGAAGACAUCAGACAAAUGAUUGCUUCUAUCAGCAAGGAUAAAGGCCUUAAAAAUUCUCACAUUUUCGAUGGCCGUAUGCAUGUGGAUCGACAAAUUACCCGGUUGGAUAAAGGCAUACAGCAUUUCCAACGUGCUCCUUUACAAGCGAAUGAAAGUGAAGAUCCCUUCAUGCUGAAUUUGAGCAUUAUUCACAGUAUUCGAGGCCUCUGUGACCGUGAAAACGAGCUUCAUGAUAACAUUAUCACCUUGCAGAAGGAAACCGGUAUCUUUGAACAAAAGAUUAUUGAAAAUGUGCGCCAUACUAUCCACAACUUCCAAGAAUGGAGGAUCCAAAAUAAGUUGGAGGUCCCAGAUUACCUGGCUAGAGUGAUGGACCACUUCGAUCAAGUCAAGCCUGGUACGGAAUGGAACGAAUUCAUUCGUCGUAACCAAUACAAUCUAUUGUCAGAAAACUCUUCUUACAAGACUGAGCAAAUGGUUGACUAUCCUAACAAGAACAGCAGAUAUUGUCGUGCUGUAAAGGUGGGUCCUCUUCAUCACAAGUCUGGUGCAUCCGUAAGAGGCUGGGUAGAAGGCAUGUACAUUCUUACACCAGCUGGCUUCUUACACGGUUAUAAGACUCCUCAACAAUUCCAAAAUAAUCCCACCGCUCCCAGUUACUCCAUCUUUGUUCCUCAUUGUAACCUUGACCGAAAUGAUUCUGAUGAUUCUAUUGAGCUCCGAGGUAAAGAGAAACGUUCUGCUCUCGGCUUGGGUACCCACCAUGUCUUCCGUGCUAGAAACAGACGUGAGACUCAAGAAUGGUUUGAUGCUUUGGCUCAUACAUGCGAUCAGUUCCGCGCAGUACCUUUAUUGGAAAGUCAUGAUCAGCAUCAAUUCUCAAGAGCACCUAUCCAUCGUGAACUCCCUCCUUUGCCUCCUAGUGCCUUGCCUAAAAAAGAAAUUGAAGGUGGUCGACCCACCGCCGGCGCCAUCGAAAGUGGUCCUAGUUAUAGUAACCAACAAUUCACGGAUCAUGAUCGACAGCAGCAAGGUAUGGGUGGUCAGACGGCGCCUGGUGCCAUAGGCGCUGCUGCUGUACAAAGAGGCGAUAUCGGUCGCGUUCUCGAUGAUCAAGAUCCAGUAUUGGAAGGUGAAGAAGGAAGUUACACGACGAAUAUGCCUCGUGACCCACAAGCCGAUCACACCAUGAGUAGAGGCAUCAACAACCCACCUUCAUCACAGCAGCGAAGCAAUAGCAUGAAUCAUACUACUGCUGCUGCUGGCACCUAUGCUCCUCAUCCUGCCACGGCCGUCUCUGAUCGGAAACCCAUCCAGGGCGGGAGGCCAAGUGAAAACGGGACAACUUAUGGUGAAACAGGCAUUCCCUUUACGAAUACUACUACCGCUGCUGCUACUGCUACUGAUGUUAACGGACCUAAAUAUCUCGCAACACAACCGCAUCAGCCAUCUGCCUCUCAUUGGGAGACACCAUCGAACGCAAGCGGCGGUGUUACUGGAGCCCGACAAGGCAUUAGCAAUCAACAACAACAAAGGAGAGAUAUGGGUGAAUUCAACACGCAAGGGGAACUCUUAGAUCGUGCCACCAAUCAUCAAACGUUGGUAGCUUAUGGUCCUUCAGGUCUACAAGCACAAUCACAACCUUUGGAUAGUAGUCGAUUGCAAAAUAAAGGUACACCCGUUUCCCAUGGUGCCGACGGUGCCAACAAGGAAAAUAGGCAAGGUACUUCAACAAAUGAACAAGUCUUUGCUGCCUAUGGGCCAGCGGGUCUCCAAGGACAACCCUCUUCUUCGAGUCGAUUAACGGACCAUGAUCGUUCUAUUGGCGGCACUGCACGAACAGGCCAUCAUAACGCAUCUCCAACCUCCUCCAACGUCGGUCAUGAUCCCAUUACUGCUGCCUACGGUGCAUCUGGCCUUCAAGCACAAUCGAAGCGCUUAGCUGAUCAUCAAGACACCCAUGCUCCCUCUGUAAAUAAUAAUCAAAAAUCUGGAACACCAGACACAUCAGAAUUAAACCAUGCUACCAAUGCAACAGUCUUUGCUGCUUAUGGUCCCUUAGGAUUACAAGCAGAUGCUGCACCCUUGAGUGGUGCCGCUGCAACGAAGAGUGGUGCUAUCCCCGCCUCCGGUUUUUCGACUGCUCAAACAACGGGUGAUAGUCAUCAGUUAGCUAAUGCAACGAAUGCAAAUCUGUCAUCUGCUUACGGUGUCUCAGGCCUUGAACCUCAAGCAAAAUCCUUGUCAACGCAUCGACAGGAUCAUUCUACUACGGGUGUUUCUAACUCGAUGACUGGCAAUAAAACGCCGGAUAGCACUCAGUUGAAUCAUUCUACCAAUGCAAAUGUUAUUUCUGCCGCUUACGGCCCCUCAGGUUUACAAGCUGAUUCUCAACGUUUAGGUGCUCCUACAAGCUCAGGAAGCGGAACAACAAAAAACCUCGCCAAGGAAGGAACCGGCGAUUAUGAUGGUUCAGCGCCUGUAAAUACUACCAAUGAGCAAGUAUUUUCUGCUUAUGGAGCUUCUGGUCUCAAUGGUCCAUCAGCAAAUGCGAAGCAACCCAGCAAGCAGGGUUCUUGGACAGAAGAAAAGCCAAUAAGUCGUACCGGAUAUGUAGCGAACGUCAACAAUGAGCAAGAAAAUACUUCAGCCUCAACAUCAUUAACGGGAAAGAUCAAGAAUAUGUUUGGAUACGGUGAUAAAGAAGAAACGCAUCUCAACACGAAUUUCGCGGAUGAAUACAAUUCUGCCAACCAUUUAGGUGCUCAGGACGGUGUUCAUCGUCAAACGAGCCACGGCCGUCAUCCUAUGACGCCUCAUCAACAUCAUGGUGUAGGUAUUAUUAUGGAUGAUGGACGUAAGGCCAGGGAGGUUCCAAAUGACGGUGAUUAUUACACAAAUAGUGAGGAUGAUGGCUUUUUCAUGCAACUCGCUAAAGAGCAAAUGGGAGCAUCAGAGUCAAAUGUUCCUGUGAAGCCUAGUACAAGGUUCACUACAAAUGCUAAUAUUGGAGCUGCCGAUGAUUAUGAAAGGACUGGCACACCACCCAUUGCUGUACAAUAGCUCUCAUUUUUCUGUUACGGUUUUUUUUUACUUUUGUAUAUUGUUAUUCUACCUCAUUCGAUUGCAUAUUUACUUUAU